UCCAUCCGUAGUUUUACCGCUGUACAAGCCAAGCGUACGACGAUUACGUCAGUGGCCGACGUUACAAUAUUAUUGCUGUUAUAAUUACAAAUUUGUCAAUCUCUGUUCUGUUAUAUUUUUGUUACUUUUCAUCUCAGACGAUCGCUCAAUUCUUCUUCCUGUUAAAAUAAUAACAAUUUGGAACAAAAGAUAACGAAUGGAGAAAACUAUACACUUUAUAGUUACUUUUUAAUUAUAAAGAUAGUUUCACGAAAGUUAUAUACGUAUAUAUAGACGAAACAUACUUAAUGAACUGUCAAAAUGUUGGCACCAACUGUCACUAUUCAACCAUCAUCCCGACCGUCCAGUACGAUGGGAGAACGAGAAGUUAUGGCGUCCGCAGACGGCAGCGAAGAAAAACAUGAACCAAAUGUGAAAGAGAUUGUUGCCCCUGCAAGAUUAAACGUCCCUCAGUCAGACAACAAGUCAGAAAGUGAAGAUGAAGAUUAUCAAGAAGUAUCACGGCACACACAACAAAUAGUACAUGUCGGACCACCAGGAUAUUGGCAAAGUAUGCCUAAUAGCAGAGUAGCUAGUCCUGGAAAUGACAACGGGAGCGAAACAUCAUCAGUUAUGCCUGCUCCAGUCCCUGGAUUAGCUGCUUCUAGAGUGGCUAAAGAGAAAUAUAAUCAUCUAUCGUAUUGGAAAGCUAGAAAAGUAACGUUUUUUAAAAAUGGCGAUUUAUACUUUCCGGGAUUAGAAUUACGUUUCAGACCUGGGAGAGAUAUUGGAAAUUUAGAAGCGCUAUUGGACAAAUUAUCAACACGAAUGGAUUUACCUCGUGGUGCACGAUAUUUGUUUUCAAUGGAUGGCGUCAGGGUUGUCAGUUUAGACCAAUUAGAAGAUGAUCAGUCAUACGUGGUUUCUUCUUAUAAAAGUUUCAAGAAUGCAAACUACGGUAAAAAAUCUGGUGGUUGGAACUCCACAACUGCCCCGACUACAAGUUCGGGUUGGUCGAGGCAAUCGUCCAUGAGUAGGAAGCAGUCAGUAGCUGAUGCUAACGAGUUGACUUCAGCUACUUCAGGACUUAAUAUAACUAAAUCAUCUACAACUAGAGUUAUAAGGAUUAUUAACAAUUUCGAUCACACAGUACAGUGUCGCGUUCUACUUAAUUUAAGAACCACCCAACCUUUUGAAGAGGUCAUUGAAGAUUUAGGACAUGUGCUCAAAAUGAACAAUGCUAAACGCAUGUUAACCGUGUCUAAUCAAGAAGUUCGUAGUUUUUCUCAACUGAGAAAUGAAUUUUCGGACGUGGAUACAUUUUAUAUUACGUCGGAGUCACGUGUACUAUCGCCGCCAUUUAGAAGGUCAAGAUCUAGAGGGGCGUUAGCGGUUGAACCGAUUAUAAAUACAGUUCCUACAAAGGCGGAAAAGCAAAGGAGAGCGAGAAGUAAAAGCCGACCUCGUGCGCUAUAUGCAGCUGAUACAGAUAUUGUUAAAGUGCCUCCAGAUUAUACGGUUUUGGAUGUGAUGAAAGAAGAACCAAUACGCGUGCAAAUAAGAGGGACAAGAAAAACAUUUUUCCCUCCAAUGGUCCAUUCUCCUGCAGAUGAUUCACCACCAGACAAAAGAUUAACUUUAAAUUGGGUUUACGGUUAUCGAGGCAUCGAUACAAAAAGAAACCUGUGGGUAUUGCCUACCGGAGAACUUUUGUAUUACGUCGCGGCUGUAGCUGUACUUUAUGAUAGGGAUGAAGAAUCACAAAGACAUUAUAUUGGACAUACUGAAGAUAUUCAAUGUAUGGAUAUACAUCCUUCCAAAGAAAUGGUAGCUUCGGCUCAAAAAGCCGGCAGAACACGAAAAACACAGGCUCACAUUAGGAUUUGGAGUCCCGAAACUCUGUAUACUCUGUACAUAGUUGGCAAUGGCGAAUUUGAAGAAGGAGUCAGCGCAUUAGCAUUUUCACAACUCACUGGAGGAAACUAUUUAUUAGCCGUUGACUGUGGAAGAGAAAAAAUGUUAUCUGUUUGGCAAUGGCAAUGGGGACAUUUAUUGGGUAAAGUAGCUACGAUGCAAACUGAAGACAUACUAGGUGCAUCCUUUCACCCUUUAGAUGACAAUUUAAUGAUAACUUAUGGUAAAGGUCAUUUAACGUUUUGGACCAGACGGAAAGAUGGAUUUUUCGAGAAAAUUGAUAUCAUAAAAGCACCUUCGAGGACGGUAGUUACCAGUUUACAGUUCGAACAAGAAGGGGACGUAAUUACGGCGGAUGGCGAUGGAUUUAUUACGAUUUAUUCUGUAGAUAGCGAUGGCGCGUAUUAUGUUAGAAUGGAAUUCGAGGCACACAACAAAGGCAUAAAUGCUCUUAUAAUGCUACCUGAAGGAACUCUAUUGUCUGGGGGUGAAAAAGACCGUAAAAUCAUAGCUUGGGAUUCAUUACAAAAUUACAACAAGAUAACUGAAACGAAACUAACUGAAGUUUAUGGUGGUGUAAGAAGUCUAUACCCUCAACGACCAGGAAGAAAUGACGGUAACAUAUACGUAGGAACGAUAAAAAAUCAUAUUCUAGAAGGAUCAAUGCAAAGAAGAUUUAAUAGAAUAGUAUUCGGCCAUAGUAAACAAUUAUGGGGAUUAGCAGUUCAUCCGGACGAUGAACUUUUUGCCACCGCGGGUUACGAUAAAAAUAUAAGUCUUUGGAAAAGACAUGCUUUACUGUGGAGUACCCAAAUUGCAUAUGACUGUGUAUCACUUACCUUUCAUCCAUUUGGUACUGCUCUUGUGGCUGGUUCAGUGGAAGGAUAUUUGAUUAUUUUAAAUGCUGAAAAUGGGUCUGUGGUGUCAAGCGUUCGAGUGUGUGGUUCUGCAUUGACGUGUAUGGGUUUUAAUCCAGCUGGUGAUACAAUAGCCGUUGGUUCUCAAAAUGGUAGUGUAUAUCUUUAUCGAGUAAGUAGAGACGGAUUUACGUUUAAAAAAUCGAAUAAAAUUAGAGGAGUUCAACCAUUGGUGCAUUUAGACUGGAGUACCGACGGAAAUUAUCUACAAACAGUAACUGCCGAGUACGACCUAGUUUUUUGGGACGUCAAAGGAUUGAUACAAGAAAAAAGUGCAUCUGCGAUGAAGGACGUUAAAUGGUACACAUAUAACGCAACUAUAGGCUACUUAGUUUCUGGUAUUUGGCACAAUAGAUAUUAUCCAACUUCAUCAAUGAUAAGCACUGCCAAUAGAUCAGCAGCCCAUGAUCUUUUUAUAACUGGAGAUACAGAUGGGUAUAUCAGACUAUUUAGGCAUCCGUGUAUUUUUACCAAAUCAGAAUACAACGAAGAGAAGGUUUAUAGUGGACAAGUAUCGAGCGCUAGAUUUUUGUAUAAUGAUAGAAACGUGGUGACAGUCGGUGGAACGGAUGCGGCUUUAAUGUUAUGGGAUGUCAUAGAAGAUUAAGUACAAAACCGCUUUACAUAUUUUCAUUUAUUAUUAUUAUUUUUUUGACUCGAGCACAAUUCGAAUUCUUCAUCAAUUUAUUUACUACGAUCCGAUGUCGACGUAAUGAAAUCAGAAAAAAAACAUAAAUGGAUAAUGAAUUACCAGCAUUUAAAAAACCUGCCUAUACAUUAACGUAAAGUACGUCAGAAAGAAAUAUAAAACGUCAUCUAACUGUUUUGAAUUAUUUCCAAAACAUAUUAUAAAAAAGUUACCGUUUUAGGAAAUGUAAUAAUAAGGUUCACGACCAUCAUUUUUUUAUUAUGUAUACAUAUAAUAUAUACUUACGAUCUUUAUUAACAUCACUGCUUAAUUUUAUAGUAACGCAAUUUGAUAUUCUUUCAGCGAGCUAGAAAUAUUUUUUGUGAUCUGUGAUUAUUAAUACUAUAUAAUAUACAUAUAUAUAUUUCUUCUUAUGUUCAGAUUAUUUUUCUUAUGUUGGUACAGAUCAGUUAAUGAUCUGAAAAUGUUGGUUUAUUAGUACAAACUACAGACACAUCUUCACUAUAUUAAUAUCAUAACUACA